GCUACUUGGAAUGACUAAAAUUAACCUGCCAAUGAAGUAUCUUGGUUCUAGCCUGCAUAAAGGGAUAAACAGGAAGAGUUAUUGUCAAGGAAUUCUUCAAUCCUUUGAUAAAAAACUUUCCAUUUGGAAACAAAAACAUCUCAACUUUGGUGGCAGAUUAGUGCUUAUUAAACAUGUGUUGAAUACUCUUCUUCUACACAUAUUAGCUGUUGACACUCUUCCUAAAGCUGUUAGUAGAUGUAUGGAAAAAAGAAUGGCCCAUUUUUUAUGGGGAACCAAUGGCAAUAAAGGGAAAUAUCAUUGGAUUAAAUGGAAGGAUCUUUGUUUGCCCUAUGUUGAAGGUGGCUUAGGUCUGAGAUCUCUAAUUGAUAUUGAAAAAGCUUAUUCUUUAAAGCUUUGGUGGUAUUGGAGAAAUAAGAGAUCUAAUUGGGCAAAAUUCUGUCAUGCUAGAUAUCCAAGGGGUGAUAUGAUAGUUAAAGUUCAGGACUCAGCUAUUUGGAGGAGAAUAUGUAAGAUUCAUACCUUGGGGAAAUCCUUAUGCAUGCAGGACAAUGAAGGGCAGCUUAUUUGGAUACCUGAAACCAAUGGAAGAUUCACUCUUGCAUCAGCUUUUCAGCAAGUCAAGAGAGCUAGAAAUACUACUUUUUAUUUCAGGCAUCACUGGAGCAAAAAUCAACAAAGCCAAGUUCAAGUUUUUCAGUGGAAGGCAACACUCUGAAUAUAUGGAUCAUCUCCUCCUUAAUUGUACUUAUAGCUGGAGUAUUUGGAGGUACUUUCUGGGAAUUUUUGAAAUUCAUUUUUCUAAUAAUCCUAUUACCCUGCGGCAAUUGUUCAUCGCUUGGUGGCUAGAGGCAGGUUCAAAGACUCUGAUGGACAUCUUCAAGCAUAUCAUGGCAGGCAUUAUCUCUUGGUUCUUAUGGAAAAAUUAUUGUCAAAUUAUAUGGGGAGAUAAAGGAAGUGCCUAAUGUGCAGGUUGUUAUUAAACAAAUCAAAACCUAUGUCCAGUUCUGGUCUGUUGCAUCCUUGAAUAAACUCAAAUUAGGAAAUCCCAGUCCUAUUCUCUUUGAAGAGAGUUUUAUUCCUAUCUCUUUUAGAACCAGGCGACAUCGGAUUUGUGCUAUUAAAUGCAGUUUACCUUCGCUUAAAUUCAAGAUGAAUGUAGAUGUGGCCUUCAAUCCAACUCGAGCUUCAGGAGGUGCUGUGCUUAGAUCCCGCUCAGGUGGCUUUGUCGUUGCUUUACACUUUCCCAUUGCUGCGACAUCGGCGAUGGAGGCG